AUGCCAGCGCCGACGCCUGUGUCAAGAUGUGCCCUGCGCACAACCGCCCGGACAAUCCCACGAUGCCGGCCAGCAAGGUUCCUGGGCCCUGUUGCCGCCACCCGCAUCGCGAAGGGAGCUCUGCGGGUGGCGGCAACAGGCAUGCCCAAUGCUGCCGCCGUCCGAUCAUUCAGCACCGCCAUGCGACUGCGGAUGGCGGCCGAGGAGGAGUCGUUUGAUCCCGCGACCAUCGAGCGUGAGUCAGACGAGGUCGACGUCUGCAUCAUCGGCGCCGGUCCCGCGGGCCUCAGCGCCGCCAUCCGGCUGAAGCAGCUGGCCAACGAGGCCGGCAACGAGGACUUCCGCGUGCUGGUGCUGGAGAAGGCGGGCGAGGUGGGCGCGCACAUCCUCUCGGGCGCCGGCGUUGCCACCAACGAUCUGGGCAUUGGCCGGGACGGCAAGCCCAAGGACUCGUUUGAGCGCGGCAUGGAGUUCCACGCGCGCGUCACAAUGUUCGGCGAGGGCUGCCACGGCAGCUUGACGAAGAAGGUGGUGAGCGAGUUCGACCUGCGGCGGGACAGCCAGCAUCAGACGUACGGCCUGGGCGUCAAGGAGGUGUGGGAGGUUGACCCGGCCAAGUUCGAAAAGGGCCUGGUUGUCCACUCCAUGGGCUAUCCGCUGCCGAAGGAGGUCUACGGCGGCUCCUUCAUGUACCACUUUGGCGAGAACCUGGUGACCGUGGGCCUGGUCGUGUCGCUCGACUACGAGAACCCCUGGCUGUCGCCCUACCAGGAGUUCCAGAAGCUCAAGCUCCACCCGCUCUUCAAGAACGUCCUCGAGGGCGGCAAAUGCAUCUCGUACGGCGCCCGCGCCCUCGUCGAAGGCGGCUUCCAGAGCAUACCCAAGGUGGCCUUCCCCGGCGGCGCGCUGAUCGGCGACUCGGCAGGCUUCGUCAACGUGCCCAAGGUCAAGGGCACGCACAACGCCAUGAAGUCGGGCAUGCUGGCGGCGGAGGCGGCGUGGGACGCGCUCCGCGAGCCCAGCGAGGGCACCGUCUUCCUCUACGACUACGAGGACGCGCUGCGCAAGUCGUCCAUCUGGAAGGAGCUCAAGGAGGUGCGCAACAUGCGCCCCUCGUGGCACAACCCGCUGGGCGUGUACGGCGGCGUGGCCUACUCGGGCCUGGAGGCGUACGUCUUCAAGGGCCGGGUGCCGUGGACGUUCAAGCACGGCAAGCCCGACUACGCGGCGACGAAGCCGGCGGACCGCUUCCCCAAGAUUGAGUACGACAAGCCGGACGGCAAGAUCACGUUUGACAUCCUGACGAGCGUCUCCCGGACGGGCACGAACCACGAGGAGGACCAGCCGGUGCACCUGCAGGUCAAGGACUGGGACGCGCACACGGACAAGGCGUAUCCGCCGUUCAAGGGGCUCGAGAACCGCUUCUGCCCGGCGGGCGUGUACGAGUACGUCGAGGACGAGUCCAAGCCGCACGGCGUGCGAUUCCAGAUUAACGCGCAAAACUGCAUUCACUGCAAGACGUGCGAUAUCAAGGCUCCGCAGCAGGACAUCAACUGGCAGGUCCCGCAGGGCGGAGAAGGCCCCAAGUACUACAUGACAUGA